GACGCACGCCAGGACGCCGCCGAGACCGCCGAUCGCCUGGCGCCCCAGUGGCAGCGCUGGAAGGGGCGCUUCUCAACGUCAUUGAGGAGCACUAGCCCUGGCUUUUGUCGAGCACAGCAUCCGCAUUCUGUCAUUGCCAAUCCAAGUCUCCCGCGUUUACUGUUUUGUGUUCAGUUUGCUGGCACUUUCCGCAGCGCAACCCGCUGAGCGUGCCUGUCUAACCUGAACCCAAUUCACACGGACCGGCACUCAGUAAGCAGGAACAGUCCACAAUGCAGUGCCUCACUAUUUCCGUGCAUUUUUGCCACCACCGUCCCGACUUUCCCUUGCCCUAGAGCAGCUAAUGCCUUUUCACGAUCGAGUGGCCGCCCUCGCUCUUGCCCGCACUCAAUCUCAAUCGCAACCUAGAACCCCCACCCGCGGAACACAACCGAAUUAAACACAAAACUGGCAACACGUAGAAUGGCCGACACGACGGCUGACACUCGCACAACACCGCAGCACGGAAAUGGAAACACGAGCGCGCCCCCAGACACGGCCAACGGCUCCGCCGGCAGCACCGACGAGCCCAAGGGCGCAAUCUUGCGAGACAUGUCGGUGACGUCGGGGACGCUGACGGGGCCGGUGCCGGACCUGCCCGAGGCGCACGGGCUGCCGCGCCUCAACUACAACCUGUGGGACUACAAGACGAAGCUGUUCGUCGUGACGGGGCUGCUGGUGGUCGAGUCGAGCCUGCUGCCGAUCGCGCUGUUCUACGGGCUGUGGUUCUCGACGACGCUGCGCCACGGCAUCAUCUUUGCCAUCAUCACGUCCUUUUUUGGGUUAGUGACGGGCAUCGAGUUCGCGCUGCGCUGCUGGAAGCUCAUCUUGCCGCGCGACGAGUACCGGCCCGUCGGCGGCGGCCGCUGGAGGUUCGACUUCACCCACAUGACGCUGUCGUGCGGCUACACCAUCAUGACGGGCAUCCUGAUCGGCGCGUCCAUCCCCCACGAGCCGCUGGUGCGCCCGCUCGCCAUGCCCGUCCCGCUGUUCUUCAUCCAGCUCGGCCUGCAGCUCAUUGCGACUGGCGUCAUGAGCGCCCGCGCCGUCCCCGCCCCGUGUCGUAUUAGCUCCGUCCCCAAGGGCGCCCGCACCCCGCCCCUCGUCUACACCCUCGUCGAGGACAUUGUCGCCGUCGACGGCGCCGCCGGCCUGUCGUACCGCAAGGCUCUUUCAGCGCGCUACGAGGCCAGUUCGGCGUUCCGCAAAAUGAUUGCCCAGCAGAACUGGUUCUGGGGAGUCGGCGCGCUUGUCGAUGGCGUCGGCACCUUGGCCGUCGUCUGGACGGUGCCGCAAGAGGUUGCCUACGGCGUCGGUGCGUCUUGUCUUUCUCUUGGGCUGUCGGCCCCUUUCUUGUCGUCAUGCUAACAGUCUGUGCGCUGUCUAGGCUGGGGAAGCCCGUUUGUCUU